CGCAUCCCCCCCCCCGACGUCAAGUAUCAGCAGCUGUCGCAGCUCCUUUCAAAGGGUUAGUAUCUUUUUGCCACUGCAGCCAGCCAUGCUUCAAAGUGAUGAUUGUUACGAACCAAGAUCUAUCUUUACACUGCCCCCAAUGGUGGAGACACCCUUCGAUUUAUCAAAGUUUCAGCCUUGUCUGAUCGCAGAAAGAGAGAAAAGAGGAGGCAACCGCUGGAGUCAGCGUACUUCUCUCUUGGGUGCUUGUCUUCAACUUUGGUCCUCAUGGCUGACAUUCAACACCGUUCUCUCAUUUUGAUGUGCUUUAGACACCCUGCGGAUCUUUCACCAUCGCCUCUGGUACAUGCCCUCAGUAUGAUCACAGACGUGCAAUUGUCCGCGCUGGCCAACUGGCUCGGUUCUCUGACCAUGGUUCUCAUCGUCGUCUACCACGCCGUUGGUGCAAAUGCUAAGCGUACGGACAAGACCACUGCUCGAGCAAUGGCCGGCGAAGAGGAGGUUUCUGAUUAGAAGAUCAAUCAGCGCUAUCUUUCACACCCAAUACCCCCGACGCAGAAGCUUCGGCCUUCUCCCCCUUGUCCAUACACCUUGUGCCUCCUCUUAAACACUGUAUUUGUAACGUCACGCCUUACAGAGCCUCGUCCAGUUGGCAAUGAAGUCACAUUGGGUAGAUUGCAGACU